CUCUUGUGCAAUCGAUGGCUCAGGUUGGCUGCGCGGGGAGCGGCCAGGGGCUCGCUGGCGCGCACGCCGCUGAGCCAUGAACGACUUUGACGAGUGUGGCCAAAGCGCAGCCAGCAUGUACCUGCCGGGCUGCGCCUACUAUGUGGCCCCGUCUGACUUCGCUAGCAAGCCGUCGUUCCUUUCCCAACCGUCGUCCUGCCAGAUGACUUUCCCCUACUCUUCCAACCUGGCUCCGCACGUCCAGCCCGUGCGCGAAGUGGCCUUCCGCGACUACGGCCUGGAGCGCGCCAAGUGGCCGUACCGCGGCGGCGGCGGCGGCGGCAGCGCGGGGGGCGGCAGCAGCGGGGGCGGCCCCGGCGGGGGCGGCGGCGGCGCGGGGGGCUACGCUCCCUACUACGCUGCAGCUGCGGCGGCCGCGGCGGCGGCCGCGGCGGCCGAGGAGGCGGCCAUGCAGCGCGAGUUGCUCCCGCCCGCGGGCCGCCGGCCGGACGUGCUCUUCAAGGCGCCUGAGCCGGUGUGCGCUGCGCCAGGGCCGCCGCACGGCCCCGCGGGCGCCGCCUCCAACUUCUACAGCGCGGUGGGCCGCAAUGGCAUCCUGCCACAGGGCUUCGACCAGUUCUACGAGGCGGCGCCCGGGCCCCCGUUCACCGGGCCGCAGCCCGCGCCGCCUCCCGCGCCGCCACAGCCCGAGGGCGCAGCCGACAAGGGCGACCCCAAGACCGGGGCUGGUGGCAGCGGGGGCAGUCCCUGCGCCAAGGCGACCACUGGCUCGGAGCCCAAGGGGGCAGCAGAAGGCAGCGGUGGCGACGGCGAGGGCCCCCGGGCGGAGGCGGGGGCCGAGAAGAGCGGCGGCGCAGUGGCCCCCCAGCGGUCCCGGAAAAAGCGCUGUCCCUAUACCAAGUACCAGAUCCGCGAACUGGAACGCGAGUUUUUCUUUAACGUGUACAUAAACAAAGAGAAAAGACUUCAACUCUCUCGGAUGCUCAACCUCACUGACCGGCAAGUCAAAAUCUGGUUCCAGAAUCGCAGGAUGAAAGAAAAGAAACUGAACAGAGACCGUCUGCAGUAUUUCACUGGAAACCCCUUAUUUUGAGAGCUCCAGGAAGCGCCCCCUCCCCAGCCCCACUCACCCACCCUCCUUCCCACCAGCCUGCCCUCCGCAGGCCCAAUGUCCUUGGGUUUAAUGACGUCUCUUCUCUGUGGAACUUCACGAUUCCUUCCCACGGUCAACUCGGGACCUCCCAGCGACCACUGCAGCCUGCGGACGAGGCCGGGACUUGGCCGAGCGGAUCCUAAUAAGGGGAAAAUGGUAAAUGCAAACGUCCGUUUACAAUUUUACCGCCAAUGUGCUGUCGUUCCCCCUCCCCCUCUCCGAGUCCUCGUGGGGAGACGGCGGGGUCUGUAGGAAGUUAGGCCGGGUUGGGUGUGCUAGAAGGCGCUGGUGUUUUGCUCUGAGUUUUAAGAGAUCCCUUCCUUCCUCUUCGGUGAAUGCAGAUUAUUUAAACUUUGGGAAAUGUACCCUUAGUCUGUCAUAUCAAGGCAUGAGUCACUGUCUUUUUUUUUUUUUUUUGUGCGAAUAAAUGGUUUCUAGUAAAAUGGAGGUUACAGCUUCAAUACACUGUAUGAAUUCUCCUCUUCGAGGUUUAGUGCUUCAUUAGGAUAUUUUAGUGGCCAGAACCUAUGCAACUGAAAAUCGAAUGAAAUACUUUGUAG